GGCGCGAGUUCGGCAGUGAGGCAACAUGUCUUCGCCGACGGUCUUUUCGCGUCUGUACUCCAUGCUGUUCCGCAGGACUUCUACCUUCGCCCUCACCAUCGUAGUGGGCGCCCUGUUCUUCGAGCGCGCCUUCGAUCAGGGUGCAGACGCGAUCUACGAGCACAUCAACGAGGGGAAACUGUGGAAACAUGUAAAGCACAAGUACGAGAACAAGGAGUGACCCCUGCCCCUUGGAGCCAGAAGAAGCAGUCACCUGUCCGCCAUUUGCCUAAGGAUGAGUUUCAAGUUACUCUUCAUGGACCACCAGUAUGUUAGCAAGCAAUGGCUCCACUGAACAAACAGACUCUAACUUCUGCUGUGUUUAAAGUGUGUUUGACUACAGCUGUCAGCAAAUAAAUGUAAAUUGCUAAUGAGA